AUGAAGACUACCUGGAAGGACAUCCCCCCGGUGCCGACGUCGCAGGAGUUCCUCGACAUCGUGCUGUCGCGCACCCAGCGCCGGCUCCCGACGCAGAUUCGUUCGGGUUUCAAGAUCUCUCGUAUCCGAGGGUUCUACACCCGCAAGGUCAAGUUCACCCAGGAGACCUUUAGCGAGAAGUUUUCUCAGAUCCUCGAGAGCUUCCCCCGACUGGAGGACAUCCACCCUUUCCACAAGGAUUUGUUGAACACACUGUACGAUUCCGACCACUACAAGAUUGCUCUUGGUCAGCUUUCCACCGCCAAGCAUCUUAUGGAAAGUAUCUCGCGCGACUAUGUCCGCCUUCUCAAGUACGCCCAGUCACUUUUCCAGUGCAAGCAGCUCAAGCGCGCCGCUCUUGGUCGCAUGGCUACGCUCCUGAAGCGUCUCAAGGACAGUCUCGCCUACCUGGACCAGGUCCGCCAGCACUUGGGCCGUCUGCCCUCGAUCGACCCGAACACCCGCACCCUGCUCCUCUGUGGUUUCCCCAAUGUCGGAAAGUCGAGUUUCCUCAAGUCCAUCUCACGCGCCGAUGUCGAAGUGGCACCCUACGCCUUCACCACCAAGUCGCUGUACGUCGGUCACUUUGACUACAAGUACCUGCGGUUCCAGGCCAUCGACACUCCGGGUCUCCUGGAUGGUCCUCUCGAGUCCAAGACGACAGUCGAAAUGCAGUCCAUUACUGCCAUUGCUCACUUGAGAUCCGCCAUUCUCUAUUUCAUCGACUGCUCGGAACAGUGCGGUUACCCAAUCAAGGCACAGAUUGAGCUCUUCAAGAACUUGAAGCCCCUUUUCUCCAACAAGCUUGUGUUCAUUGUCUGCAACAAGAUCGAUAUUCUGAAGCCUGAAGAGCUUGACGCCCAGACAACCGAGGAAUUGCAAUCUCUCCUGAGCGGUGGUGACGUUGAGCUGCUGCAAACUUCCUGCAACACCCAAGAAGGUGUGCAGGAUGUCAAGAAUGCCGUCUGUGAACGCCUCAUCGCCGAGCGUGUUUCCCAGAAGUUGAAGGCCGGUACAAGCAGCAGCGGUGCUGUCGGUGGACGCCUGGCAGACGUCAUGGCCAGAAUUCACGUUGCUCAGCCCAUGAACGGCGUUGUGCGCGAAACAUUCAUUCCAGAUGCUAUCAAGGAGCUCAAGAAAUACGACAAGAGCGACCCCGAACGCCGCAAGCUGGCUCGUGACGUCGAAGAGGAGAAUGGGGGUGCUGGUGUGUACAACGUCGACCUCAGGGCUGAUUACAUUCUCGACAAUCCCGAGUGGAAGCAUGACAGGAUACCCGAGAUCUUUGACGGCAAGAAUGUCUAUGACUACAUUGAUCCAGAAAUUGAUGCCAAGCUGCAGGCUCUGGAGGAAGAGGAGGAACGUCUUGAGGCUGAGGGCUACUAUGACUCGGAUGAGGAGGUUGAUGAUGCCGAAGAGGCUGAUGUCCGCUCCAAGGCCGAGCUCAUCAGAGAGAAGCAAGCUUUGAUCAGAAACGAAGCCAAGAUGCGCAAGUCGCUCAAGAACCAGGCCAUCAUUCCUCGCAAGGCUAUGAAGAAGCCCUUGUCGGAACUCGAGGAACACCUCGAUGUUUUGGGUGUGGACACAACCGAUCUUGGUCUGCGGGCACGAUCCAGCACACACGAGCAGCGUGGACGAUCCAUGUCUAGGUCUCGCCUGGGCACUGAAGUAUCGGAUGCCAUGGAUGUCGACUCUACUCCUCAGGAGAGGUUCCGCUCCAAGAGCAGAGCCAUGAGCAGAGCGAGAAGCGAGGCAGCGACGAACCGCCGUGAGGAUGGUGUGACGGACGAAGUCACAAGGACGUCGGCCGAGAGAGCAUCCAAGGUUGCCCAGAGGAAGAUGAACCGCAUGGCCAGACAGGGUGAGGCCGACAGACACAUCGGUGCAGCAAUGCCAAAGCAUCUCUUUGCUGGCAAGCGUUCCAUGGGCAAGACAUCUCGACGAUAG